AACGUGGAGGUGGUGGCCUUUCCACUCUUCUCAACACCCCUUUUUCCUGUGGAAAUCCCCUCAAACCACACAGAGUUUCUAUGUUUUAUAAACCCAAACAAGAAAAAGAACAUCAAAAAUGGAAGUUCAACAUUCUUUUCUUUUACGCUAUAUUUAUUACAGGAAGACAAUGCAAAGUGGACUAUGGCUAGUUUGGUUUUGUGGGUUUUUCUUGAUAGGUGUUUCCUUAUACAACACCCAAAUGCUUCUGCCUUCUUCUUUCAAAAAUCACAUCAAGAAACCAAGCUUUUUCAGAAAUGAUUUAGCUGAUUCAAGUAAUCCCACAAUCACCAUAUUUACUGCACCGAGGCCUUUUGUUGGUUUAGUUGGGGAAAGGCAGGUUCUUGCUAUUCAAUCAUGGCUAAGUUUACCUGAAAAUGUUAAUAUUGUUCUGUUUAGCCAGGACUCCUCUGCUAUCUCUUUUGCAGAUGAAUUUGGUUCUCGGGUCUCACUCGAGCCUAAUAUUGAUUUCACGUUUCUAGGUACCCCUUUUUUUCAUACGAUGGUUGCAAGGUCCCUGGCAUCAUCAUCAGAUAUUUCUGUAUUGAUUGAUCCUGACACAAUUCUUCUACCGGACUUUAUUUCCACUCUUGAGUAUGCUUACAAGCUUGAUCAAGACUGGCUUCUUGUUGCUUCAUCACAAACUAUUUCCCAUUUUCCUUUCCUUUUAGACUCAAAUAAGAAACAUUGGAUAGCCGAUGAUGGUAAGCAUAUUGGAAUUCAUAAGCUGCAGGAGCUUCUUGCUCAGAAUUCUCACCUUAAACCAUGUGAAGAUAGAAUGCUUAUGGCGUGGAACAAUGGAGAUGUUCCUCUUCACUAUGGCGUCUUACCUCCAUUCCUGUAUGGAAAGGGACUCCACAACCAUUGGAUUCUCACUGAAGCCCUGUCGUCUGACUUUAGGCUUGUACUUGAUGCAAGUUGGACCAUUUCGAAUUUCUACAUUAAUGAUCUUGACCAAGAGAAUAAUUUGUUGAUUGAAGGUUUUAAUGUUUCCAAUUUUGAGAAGAGAAGUUGGGAGAUUAUUGGCAAUUCCCAUCUAGGAAGGCUGUACGGGUCGAUUUCGUUGCGUGAAGAAAAUUAUUCUAACCUGUUUAGAUUUCUCGAAUGUGGUGGGAACUAUCUUCUUGUAAAUACCUCAAAAAACAUUGUUUAUUCGUUGGGAUACAAGAGAUCACUGAGCUUAAGGAAAAAGGGCAUCUCCUUAUCGUCAAUAGAGGAGGAAAUUCUGGAUUGUGUUAAUGUUGUUAAAUCACUUGACAGAAUAAAGGGAUGCUCUGUGAAAGACCAGUUAGAGCUGUUAACAUCAAUUUCACUUCCACUCUCCUUAGAAACUCUACUGUCAAAUCGUGCUAAUCAGAAUAAGACCAUUGUACUAGCUAUUGCUGGAUACAGUUACAAGGAUAUGCUAAUGAGCUGGGUGUGCAGGCUACGCCACCUGCAGCUCGAAAAUUUUUUGGUCGGUGCUCUUGACCAUGAAAUUUAUGGUUUUGCAGUUUUGCAGGGUCUUCCUGUUUUCAAGUAUGCAAAUCCUCUAACAAACAUCAGCUUUGAUAACUGUCAUUUUGGAACGGAGUGCUUCCAGAAAGUAACUAAAGUCAAGUCUAGAGUGGUUUUGCAGAUAUUAAAGCUCGGAUACAAUGUGCUCUUGAGUGAUGUUGAUGUGUAUUGGUUUAAGAAUCCAUUGCCCUUUCUUAGUUCUCUUGGUCCUGCAGUUCUUCUAGCACAGUCAGAUGAACACAACAUAACAGGUACUCGUUCCAAGUAUUCAACUUUAGAGACCUAUUUUUCUAAUAGAACUAAUACACCCAAAGAAAAUAAAAUGAAAAGGACUGAAAAGAUUUAUGAAAAAUAUGUACGGAUAAUUCACACAUGGGAAGGUGAACCUGUUAAUAUCUUUGACAAACGAUUGCAACAGUUAAGGGAAUUCAAGGCAAGAUCCCCUUGGUUUACUAGCAAACAUGUGGGAGAAAUCCUCUUAGUUCGCAGAAGUGGUUGUGGUAGUAUGGCAGUGAGAGCAGUGUGA